UACAAUUUGUAUUUGCGGCUCCUUAUUCGUAGUUGACGGGCUUUUGUAUGUCUGUUCAGCGAAUUAUUGUGCUUUCCGAAUACUUAUAAUGGACAGUCGUGCGACAUUGAUGGAUCUGAUCACUAAAAUAAGCUCAAGCUCGUUCUCUACGACGUUCAACGCUUUGAUUGAAGUGAGCAAAAUUUGCAGAAAGAACCCUUCAGCCGUCGCACUCUUCACCCAGCUGGAAGGAAUCGCCGCACUAAUCCGUUUAAUAGAGAAACCUAAAUUCUCAGAUAUUUGCCUAAGCAUAUUAGCAAACUGCUGCUUAGAUGAAUCUGCUCGUUUUGAGGUUCUAAAGAGUGACGGUCUCAAAAGUGUUGUAUGUGUCUUCUCGUGCAUUGAGAAAGAAAGCAUUCGCAAUAGGGCAUGCAGGGCGCUCGCAAACGUUGCCCUGACGAGUAAAGGAGCUGGUGAAGUCAACAGAUGCAAUGCAAUUCCUCACAUUGUGGAGUUUAUCAGCUCCUCAGAGCAACAAGACAGCAAGCUAACAGCACUUCGGGCUGUCAGAAUUCUGGCUGGCAAUCCUCCGUGUCGUGAUAAGCUCGUACGCCACAAUGCUCCCAUGUCCGUUGUAAAACUGCUACCAGCACCUGAGCUCCAGAAAGCAGCUCUACAGGCACUGGCAUCACUUUCCCAGGCCUGUUCUACAGAAUGUGCAUUGCAGCUCAGAGAAUGUGACGGAAUAACAAGCCUUGGAGACAUACUCAAAACUACUGAUAAUUCUAUAUUAGAGAGCGUCUUCACAAUAUUGAUCAACCUCACCGUAGUUGGAGAUCUGCGGCCAGUCCUAGGAGGCGUUGGAGCUGUUACCGCCCUCGUCCAACAGCUUCAGGAUUACAAAAUUUGCAGGCCGAGUUACGGCUCGCUAUUUUCAGCACUGUGCCGCUACAGCCAGGAAUCCGUUAACAGAGUGAGGUUGAGGGAAUCAGGUGGACUGUCUCUGUUUAUAAACACCCUCAAAAAUGAACAAAGAAAAGAACUCUGGCCGUGCACUAUUUGUGCAGUGCUGCAGUUCUCUUACGAUGAAGUCAGUUUGGAGCACCUCUGGGAUCUUGGGUUUGCAUCAACGCUUCUGCUGCACAUUCAGAGAUACACAGAGGCGCAUGCGAAGGAGCACCACGAUAGCAAAGGUGAAGAAAAUACUAGUGCUGGAACCACAGUUACCACCACAACUGAUAAUAAUGAGAUUACUCCGGAUGAUGACCUCGCAGCAGUCGAAGAUGACUUCAGUGACGUUGAGGAGCACAGUGUAUCGGCAUGUGGCGGUGAAGUGAAGGCCACCACACAGAAAGUGUUUAAUAUACACAGUCCCAGUUACCAGGAGAUUCAGAAUGCAAAGAUUUUGCAAGGUAUAGAGACGCGUUCCACCGACUCUGGGUACAACAGCUAUCAGUGCAGUCCAAACACUACUGACUUUGGACAUCCUGUGUCACCGAGGUCUGCAGGAAGCCCAGUUCCUUCAGAGUAUGGGUUGUGGUCCCCUUGCAGCUCACCUCGAUGUGAAUCUCCCGUUUCAGUUGCUUCCCCAGAACCCUUCAGGUGUUUUUCUCCCGUCUGCUCUGACAGUGAAACUGCCGAAGACUGCCAACUGCAGGAAAGGGCAGCCGAAGCCACUGAGACUUUCGUCUCGAGUCUGGCUACAGAAAAUGUACAAGUACAAAACAGUAUAAGUCUCACAACACAUAGUUCAGUAGAACAUGCAGAAAUAAGUACACGUAACGCAGCAAUUAGUGAAGCUCAACAGCAGACCAACGACUUGUCAUCUGAAGCAUGGACUACACCAAGUUGCACUACUGAAGCAGUUAGGAGGAGGUUUAGGUCAAAUAGCAGUGACUCGAGUGGUGCACAGAAACACAGGAAGGACAGUGGUACGAGGAAUUUCCGAAGGGGUUCCACAGACUCCUCAAGGAGUCCUCCACGCAAGCAAAGAUGCCAAAGCAGGUCAUCGUCCGACUCACGGUUUGUCGUUCCUAAGGACCCUCAGGAUGCCUUUUUUGAUGCUGUGAUAAGGGUGCUGUGUGUAUAUUCGUACCUUGAGUCUCCCAAAUUUGACUGUGCAGCCUGCGGGCUCUUUGCUGCACUGAUCAAUUACGCGUUCUCUGUGCCUGACCCUAUGGAAAGAGCUGAGCAGGCUUUACUUCGUCUCGCUUCGAACGUACACAACUUUGAGAGUAUCAUAGCUGGGGGUGACUUGAUAAAUGUGGUGCGAGAGAUGCAGCGCCUCGAUGAUUCCUCUUGCAAGCGGUGUCGGCGUUGCCGCGACCUGGGACAGUCCAUCUUGCGCCGCCUGUCAUCACUCGCGGAGUCUGGGUUUGGAAGCGGAGUCCUGGCACGAGCCUUGCUGGUUGAAGGGAAAGACCAACAGCAGUCAUGCAGUUUGGCAGUUCCGUAUGUUGUAAGGCAGAAACCCAUAUUGCGGCAGCUGCUCUUUGACUGCUCCGGGAUUGAUCACUUACUCGACAUCCUGGAAGAAAAGGGGAAGUGUGUGGAAACGUUUGGGCUUGCGGUUGACAGCUUACACAGGCUGUGCCUUACACUUCGUCCAGAACUAUCCAGACCUUGUAAUCGAGGAGUAAGCGGCAAGUCCUAUUGUCAUUUAAAAGCUUUCAACUGUGAUGUGCGUUUCCAAUUGGAUGACGGAGCUGUGCUACAGGGCAACAGGAGUGAACUGAGUUGCAAGAAUGCAUUUUUUAGGGGUAUGUUUUUGGGCCAGUUCAUUGAGAGAGGGCAAGAACUUGUGAGCUUUCCCAAAGCAUCGUCGGAAUCGUUAGCUGUUGUUCUCCAUGUGUUGCAUGGUUGUGACCUUGAGCACUGCCCAUCUACGAUGGAAUCAAACUUUGGUGACUGCGUUCUCGUUGAUAUUGGAGUGCUGAGGCUGUGUGACCAGCUCCUUCUCCCGAACUUACAAGAGAGCAUCGAGACUAGAGUGAAGAAAAAUCUCACUUUCAGAACAGCUGUGAAAACUUAUGAAUGUGCAUGUGAGCUAGACAUGUCCGAGCUCAAACUCUUCGUAUUGAGGUAUGUCAUGGCCUCAGAAGGACAGAGGGACCAGCGGAAACUAUGUUUUGAGGAACUCCUUCAUGGUGGUCAGGCUGGCCGUGUCUUGAAUGACAUUGUGAGUCUCAUCAAGCUGGAGACAAACAUGGCUUGGACAUGAACGUCGGCUUUCUAUUUUUGCCACUUAAACUGACGUUCUGCAUGUGCUAAACUGUGCAAAGUACUCCGAUGAAGUAGAAGCCUUGCGUGAGACACGAAUAAAACUAAAAUUUCUACAAAAGUAAUGACUACA